CCAUAGGCUCUUCUCCCCUUGUCUCACUGGAGGGCUACCAGGAUGGAGGAAUCCAUGUGGUGUGUCGCUCGUCCGGCUGGUUCCCAGAGCCCGACGUGCUGUGGAAGGGUCCCCAUGGGCAGCGGUUGCCCUCGGUGUUUCAGACACAGUCCCGUGAUGAGAAGGGCCUCUUUGGAAUAGAGCACAGCAUCACCAUGAGAGGGGAGGUAGACGGGAGCUUGUCCUGCAUGGUGAGGAACAGAUAUCCUGGUCAAGAGAAGGAGUCAUCUCUGCACAUAUCGGCUCCCUUCUUCCAUGAUGCCCAUCCCUGGAAGGUGGCUCUGGCGCUGAUGCUGGUGACUCUCUUAAUCUUGAUUCUUGGUUUAAGUGUCUACGCUGUUCACCUGUUCAAGAAGAAAGAGGCAAAUUCCGCAGAGCUGGAGGAGGUUUUCCUGGAUCCAGACACAGCUCAUCCACAGCUCGUGCUGUCCCAGGACUGCAGAAGUGUGAGAUGGACCAAAACACGGCAGAACCUUCCAUACAGCUACAAGAGAUUCAAACGACUGUUCUGCGUGCUGGGCCAGGAGGGAUUCAGCGAGGGAAGACACUGCUGGGCAGUGGAGGGGGAG